AUGGUUCGACAACCGACACAAUCAUACGAUAACAUGUCGCUAUGCUAUUUUGUACGUCGCUUCGUGUCGCCCGAUGACGACGAUGGAUUUCCAGGGCAUUUCAGCUUCCUACCGAGUUUGUUCGACCACUACAAGGAUGGACUCGUCGAAACAGCGACAUUGAGCGUUGCCCAAUUGGCUGCGUACAAUCAUUUGGGCAACGAGGAACUUCGGACACGGUCUUUAAGAAAUUAUGGACGCGUGAUCAAGGGAUUGCAGCAGAGUAUCCAAUCUGAUGACCAGGCGAUGGACGACAAAGUCAUCGCUACCAUUCUGCUUUUGUGCACGUACAAGGAUUUUAGUGGUGAAGGAUUAGGUGAUCCGAAUGAACAUGCUUCAGGGCUUUUCUACCUGUUGGAGAAACGAGGACCAAGUCAGAUUGGUACACGAAGAGGAGCCGAACUCUUCUUGCUUGCUCUGCUGCGACUGCAAAUCUAUUCAUUCUUACAUGGAGAUGAUUCGUACACGGACCCCGGUGCCAUCGCCACCGUCAUCGGCAUCUUUGACCCUCUUCUUCGAGCACUGGCCAUGAUGGGACGGACCCUAUCGCUGCGCCAUCGUCUGUGCCGACUUAUGCAGCCAGAUCCAUAUCAACCACAGGGUGCCAGUCCCUCAACAGCAUCGCAGAGCAGCACCGGCACAGAAGACGAGAGAAUCCUGAUCCAGGAAUGCUUCGACAUGCUCGAUGCCUUUGGGUCCUGGGACAUUGAAGCAGCAGAGUAUUGGCAAAUGACCUUUGAGGGUCGCGGUGUUCCAACGACCCUUGGUGAGAUGAGCGCUGGUAGGAUGCACUACGACGCUGAGACAGCCUGCAUCAUCAUUCUCGUCCGAUCAGCUCGUCUCAUCUUGCUCCAGACCAUGCUACUCUACCAGACUACCUUGCUACCAACGGAGGAUGACGAUGGGUAUAGUUACAAUUCAUGGGCAGAAACCGUUCCCUUCCUUGAAUCCGAUGUCCGCAAAACCGUCGAUGACAUGCUCGCCGCCGUGCCAUACGCCCUGGGCGAUAUCGACCCGAGCGGCAUGCCAGCGACCAUGCUCCAUGACGGUGCAGCAGCCAUCAUCAUUGUCCACUCGAUUAGACUUGUCACACACUGUGUUUACACUACGCCCGAACAGACUGAAAGGGCAGCUCAUAUCCUUGCUAGAUUGAACUCCGCUAUAGGAAUCAGGUCAGCUGUCGGAUUUAUCCCUGGUGCUGAUAACUGCGGGGUACAGCCCUUUGCGACUCUCUCGCCGUCUCGUAUGUUAAUGUCACCGGGGCCUAUGGACUGCACCGAAGACAAUUUUGUUUCGCCUGGUACCACCGGCUUGCUUUCAUCUUGA